AGAGCGGGAAGGGGCGGGGCGGAGGCGUGAGGGAGGUAUUGCGCGCCAUUGGGGACAGGCCAGACGGGAGCGCUCCGGGGCCCGGGAUCAUCCGUUACUGUAUCCCGCAUGGCUCCCCCUCCGGUCCGGCCCCAGUGACUCCCCCGCAUGGCCCCUCAGAAGCACGGGGGCAGUUCGGCACCCUCCGGCAAACCCAGCGCGGCGGCCUCCCUUCUGCCUGUCCGGAAACCCAAGAUGGAGCAGAUCCAGGCGGACCAUGAGCUCUUCCUGCAGGCCUUUGAGAAACCCACACAGAUUUAUAGAUUUUUACGAACAAGGAAUCUCAUAGCACCAAUUUUUUUGCACAGAACCCUCACCUACAUGUCACACAGGAAUUCCAGAUCGAAUGCCAAAAGAAAAACCUUCAAAGUUAACGACUUGUUGUUGAAAGUGGAAAAAAUGAAAGGAGAUCAGGAAUCUCACAGUGUAUCCGCUCAUUUACAGCUGACAUUUACCGGUUUCUUCCAUAAAAUUGAUAAGCCAUCACAAAACUCAGAAAAUGAACAAAGCUCCGUGACUCUGGAAGUUCUGCUCGUUAAAGUUUGCCACAAGAAAAGAAAGGCCAGGUACAAUGAUUCAGUGGCAGUGCAAGCUUCCCCACGCAGUGCUGGUAAUGACCCCAAGCUGGAGGGCCAGCACUUUCUAGGGGAUGUAAGCUGUCCCAUACGCCAGGUUCCUACUGGGAAAAAGCAGGUGCCUCUUAAUCCAGAGCUGAACCCAGCAAAACCAUCCACUUUUCCUUCACUCGCUGUAUCCAGCAAUGAAUUUGAACCCAGCAACAGCCAUAUGGUCAAAUCCUACUCCUUGCUUUUCCGGGUGACUCGCCAGGGGCGAAGGGAUUUCAAUGGGUUAACCAAUGGAGAGACCAAUGAAAACAUAGAUGUCUCUGAGGAGCCUCCAGCUCGGAGAAAGCGCAAUUCAUCCAACAGAGAUGAAGGGGAUAAGACUUUUGUGGCACAGAUGACUGUAUUUGACAAAAACAGGCGCCUGCAGCUACUGGAUGGGGAAUAUGAAGUUGCAAUGCAGGAAAUGGAGGACUGUCCUGUAAACAAGAAAAGGGCCACUUGGGAAACCAUACUGGAUGGAAAGAGACUUCCUCCAUUUGAAACAUUCUCUCAGGGACCAACCCUUCAAUUUACACUUCGGUGGACAAAUGAUACCCCUGAUAAAUCUACUGCCCCAAUUGCCAAGCCUCUAGCCACCCGCAACUCCGAGUCUCUCCCUCAAGAACAUAAACCUUCAUCUGUCAAACCUGCACAGACCGUUGCUGUGAAGGAAUCCUUAUCUUCCGACCUGCAAGCCAGAAAGGAACGUGACGUUUCUAGUGAACCCCGGCAGAAGCUGAGGAUAUUCUAUCAGUUCCUGUACAAUAACAACACCCGACAGCAGACUGAGGCCAGGGAUGACCUGCACUGCCCAUGGUGUACAUUAAACUGCCGCAAACUCUACAGUCUACUCAAACACCUGAAACUCUGCCACAGCAGAUUCAUCUUCAACUAUGUGUAUCAUCCCAAAGGUGCUCGGAUCGAUGUUUCCAUCAAUGAGUGCUAUGAUGGCUCAUAUGCGGGCAAUCCGCAGGACAUUCAUCGCCAGCCAGGCUUUGCCUUUAGCCGCAAUGGGCCAGUUAAAAGGACUCCAAUCACUCACAUCCUUGUCUGCAGACCAAAGCGGACAAAAGCCAGUAUGUCUGAAUUUCUUGAGUCUGAAGAUGGUGAGGUGGAACAACAGCGAACGUACAGCAGUGGCCACAAUCGCUUGUAUUUCCAUAGCGACACGUGCCUUCCACUACGGCCCCAGGAGAUGGAUGUAGACAGUGAGGAUGAGAAGGAUCCGGAGUGGCUAAGGGAGAAAACCAUAACUCAAAUUGAGGAAUUCUCUGAUGUCAAUGAAGGGGAAAAGGAGGUGAUGAAAAUGUGGAAUCUGCAUGUUAUGAAACAUGGGUUCAUUGCAGACAAUCAAAUGAAUCAUGGCUGCAUGCUUUUUGUAGACAACUAUGGACCCCAAAUCAUUCAGAAAAACCUGUGUCGAAACUUUAUGCUUCACUUAGUGAGCAUGCACGAUUUCAAUCUGAUCAGCAUUACCACCAUAGACAAAGCAGUGUCGAGACUGCGGGAAAUCCAGCAAAAGGUGGAGCGGGAUGAGUGUUUGGCGCCCCCUAGUGACGAGGCUUUUGAGGAGCCAAACAGAACCACAAGCAGCAGCAGCAGCUUCAUGGAAACCAAUGGAAAAGAUCGAGUGGUAGAGAAUGAUUGUGUCUCAGGGCAGCCCCCCAAACACAGCAAAAAGCAGAAGCCCUGAAGGCAAACAGGUGCACUGAAUAUGGGGCUUGGGGGGGGGGUAAAAAUGUGAUUCAGCAAAGGGAAUAUCCAGCCAGAGGCACUUGGCUUGCAGGGUUUGUGUGCGAAUGAAUUAGAAGAGCAAUACAGCCUACACCUUGCUAUCUUUUCUAUCUAGCCGCUUCUCCGCAACUGCCUUCCCUACUGUAUUCAUAUGAGCUGUUUGCAUCAGUGAUCAGCCCCCCCCUCGAGUGGCGCCUACAUACGCACACAUACAUACAGCUGCCUUUUAUACUGUAUUCAUACGAGCUAUUUGUAUCAGUGAUCAGCCCCCCCCCCCCUGGCACGUGUGGCGCGUACAUAUGUACACACAUACAUACAUAUGCACGCACAUACAUACAACUGCCUUUUAUACUGUAUUCAUUUGAGCUAUUUCCAUCAGUGAUCAGCCCCCCACCACUCGAGUGGCGCCUACAUACUCGGAUACGUACUCACCUACAUACGUACUCACCAACAUACAUACUCACCUACAUAUGUACAUAUAAUUUGACUAGAGACUGGCAGUUUUUCCUUUUUGAUUUCUGUUUUCCUGUGUUCUCUGCUUGCAGCCUGACUGCUCAUUUAGUUCUGCCUCUUAGUGACGCCUUUCCCUACAGUAUCAGUGAGAGGAGUUAAGCGCUAGUAGCACUUGUACUGUGUGCAUCUUCGUAACCAAACGUGGCUCUCAAGUGGCCUGGAGCCCCCACCGCUCUGCCAGUCUGUCACUUACCCCCUGGGGGAAUCGCCAUCUGUUCCUCUCUUCUAAGGUGCUCAGAGCAGGCAUGGCAGCCCUCCUGCUGAAGAACUGGAUCUCCUUACCGCAGCUAGCAGGGGGUGUCGGCAUUUCUUGUGCCAUUGUCUCUGUAAGGCCUUGCUUAUUUCUGGAUGCUAGACAUUUACAUUGAUUUAUUUUUUAAUGGCGUUCUCAUCCGUGUAAUGAAUUAAUAUUUAUUAAAGGUAGGACAAGGUGUUUUCCUGACUGGGCCCUGUAACACACGUGUGUGAGAAAUAAUAAUGGUACUCCCAUGGCUGCCCGGCGCGAGAGGUGUCUUCCACAAACUGCCACUUGGAAUCUCUCCGGAAUGUUCCUUUUGUAAUGGACAGUGCAUGUCACCUUGUUACUCCCAUUUUAUAGGAGUGUUACAAAGAUUGGGGGGGGGGGGGGGGUAGCCAACAGAAGAGCUGUCAUUCCAUUGUGUAAGUGAUCUUAAAUAUGUUUAACCGAGCUGAGGCCCAACAACAGGACUGGCAUUAUCAAAGUACAAUAACAGCCGGGGCCAUUAGUGUGGCCCCUUUCCCCAAACCUUUCUGCACUUCCAGGGGCAAAGUGCUCUCCUUUGCUUUUCAUCAGCCCCUGAUUUUGCUUUUACACUCUUAUUUAUGAAGAAGAAACCAUGCUGCUUUCGCUUUUUACUAUUGCCCCCCCCAGGAAAGGCAAGCUCUGAGCGUGUUGUUUUAUUGAUCUGUAACUGUGACAAUUGUACAGAAAUAUUCCCAUGGUUUUAAAGAUGUAUGUUAAUUGUCAGGCUAUUUAACUAAUUGUAUGGGCGUCUUGAUUUGUCACCAGAAUGAAUUCCCUGCCGCCAACGUAACAAUAGGGGUGGGCCUGGGGGAGGGGCUUGAAGUUGCUAGGCAGAUUUGAUUUUCCUGCUAACACUUAGUCAUAGGGGCCCCAAAAUCUUCCUGCUGGUGUGUGUGUUGGGGGUUCCUCCACUGAUUUGCUGGUUACUGCCAGAUCAGGAGCAACGGUGCAAAUUUCCCUCUGGGCUUUGUCAGGUUAUUGGGGCAGUCUGUGUGGCACGUGGGCACAAAUGCCAAAGUGGGAUUCCAUGCUAAUCCUAAGUGGCGCUGUUUGCACAGCUGCUUAGGCGACCCCCUCUCUGAACCCCUCAAUUUUGUCUGAUGAACUUUUGUCAUGUUAUCACUUUCUAAUAAAAGCUGAAAACAUUC